CUCACAGCCAAACCUUCUCAGCAAACUUUUCCCCGAGAACAUGGCUGACAAAACUCCACCUUACAUUCCGGAGGAUUACCUUCCCCUGGAGGAAGAGACUGCUCUUCGAUCUCAAGUUGUUCGAACCAACUCAUUGUUCUGUCAGUCUCUACUGCGGGAAAUGUCUGAGAAUUCAUUGAUUUUGCUUCCCAAAGCAAAUCAGAUAAAGAUUUAGCCAAAAGCGAUUAUUUCUCUUCUGAAUCGAAAGAAAAUUCGACGCCGGAUUCGUUAUUCAAAUUAAUAAGGCGAUGCAGUGGCAUGAAGACUUCAGUAUCAGGAAAUAUGUUUAAUGACCAGAUAGAGAAAAUAUCAAGCAAUGUGCCUUCAGAUAUUUCCUCAAAGGAAACGUCAAAUAAAACGGCGCCUGAACUACCGAUGGAAAGAUUCUGCAGCACAAAUAGAGACAUUUCCGCCAAAGAAGUGGAGGUUCUAUCAAGUCAAGUCCCGUCUAAAGAAUUCUCUCUGAAGAGGUCGAGGAACCUAUCUGGUGAGGGAGAAUCUGAGGAUUCAUUCGAAAAGAGAGCUAGGGUUUCAGCAGAGGAAAUUGGUACAGGAGGGCAAGGAAAGGAAAUGUCUCUUAUUUCACCGGUUAUGUCACCAAUUACACAAGACAUGCCACCUGAGGCUCCAUCAGAAGGAACUAUGACAGAAACAAAUGUAGAAUGCGGGGUCUCGCCUAAUGAAGAUAAGUCAGAAGGCCAAGUAGCAGAGGAAGAGGUAGAGAAAUCUGAUGCCAACAUGACCAGUGAGGAAUCCAUGGAUGUUCCAAGUGUGGAAUCUGGGAAAAUGUCUCAGAGGUCAUCAUCUGUGCCAGAUCAACAGCAGGUGUCAAUCGCUGUUGAUAAAGAAAAAAGUUCUGAAGGCGACAGGUGUUCAAUUUGUGGAAAAAGAAAUUGUCCUUCAGAUCCUAAACUGCGUUCGAAAAUAACCACUACCAGUGAGAAAUCCACAGAUGUAACAACUGCAGAAGCUGAGAAAAUGUCUCAGAGUUCAUCUGUGCCAGAUCAACAGCAGGUGUCAGUUGCUAUUGCUGAAGAAAAAAACUUCUGAAGGCGACAGGUGUUCGAUUUGUGGAAAAGAAAUUGUCCUGCAGAUCCUAAACUGCGUUCGAAAAUAAGCCAAAUGCCCAUGCCCCAAAAGUCACUUGUUGGGAAACCAAAGUCUCCACGAAAGUCCAAGUUCUCCCAGGUUAAUGUUAUGAAGGUGAAGAAGACGAAGACUCCAUUCAAAACACUGCAUUUAUACUCGAAGUUUAACAAACAGAUUGGCUAAACGCAUCGCUAAUCACACACCACUUCAUGUCUUCAAGUUAAAGGGUCAGCUCUUCAAAGCAGUGGAAGAUGGAGAUGUGGUAAAAGUGCAGGAAUUAAUACAAGAUACAGGAGCAGCUGUGAGG